UAGGCUGUCCCCGGGGGAGAGUGACAUGUUUAAGAUGCUCCGUGUCCUCACCCACAACAAAUGGUUUGGACUUUAUCAAGAUGGAAUCUUGUAGUUGCUUGUUCUAACGCGGAAACAUCUAAUUACGUACUUCUCGGGAGAGCAGUGGAAUGGGGCACAAAUGUUCUAAAAUAUCGAGGGCCAUCUCAUUUAAAAAUUAAGUAUUCUUACAGCACACAGAAAUGUUCCUUGGCUUCAAGUUGUAAGCAGUAUAUAUAUAUAUUGGACCAUCCAUGCAAGGGCUAAUUGAUUUGAGCCAAGGGAACUUUUUUUGUUUCCUAUUUUCCUCCUUCAAGCAUUCAGAGAUUAUCCGAAGACUUCUUCUUCUGUUGAGGUUCCAAAGCAUGGGUGAAGGUCUCAAGGAAAUGUUUCGAAAAGUCUCAUCCCCACGAGCCGAAGAUGCCGAUGAGCUCUGUGAAUCUGCAAGUCUCUCAACUGCUGAUUCCGGCGACUCCACGUCCUCAUCUUCAUCUGAUCUCACAGAUGAUGCAACUUCCUCAUCACCCACGCCAUUCUCACCAUCAUCGAAUGCAUCGAAAUUGGAUUCAGAUGGACCUGUUUUUCAGUUAUCUUCUCUCAUGGCUCAGCUUCCUAUCAAGAGAGGGCUCUCUAAAUACUAUCAAGGGAAAUCCCAGUCCUUUACUUCCCUGUCUGAUGCUAGAUGCAUAGAGGAUCUUGCCAAGAAAGAGAUCCCUUACAAGAAGAAGAUGAAGCCAUGCAAGAGCUAUGCAGGAAAUUUGGAUGCAAGCCAAAAGUCAUUCUAUACACCUGGGCCUUAUAACAAGACAAUAGCAAAGAAAACUACCAGGGGUUCCUGUUCUUCCCUAGUUGCCAGGAGAAGCAGCAAUAGCCCUCUAACUAUUAGCAAACCACCUCCCAUACCUGUGAAUAAGAACCUGUAAAACCUUUUUUUCCAAGUACUAAUUGUAGAAUAUGAAGAAGAUAUCUCGCCUGAUUUCAUGACCCCCCCCCCAAAAAAAAAAAAAUCUAUUU